GAAAACUUGGCUAUAUCAUUUUCCAAAUCCCACAAAAACAAGAGGGGGGAAAAAGGAGCAGAAGGAAAGAGGGGCAUUAUAUUUAUACCGUAGAAGAAAAUCUGGAAUAACUUAUUUAACAAAAGGAGAAAAAAAGAUGGAAAGAGAAGCAAGGAAGAGGAAGAUCGUGGACAGAAGUUCGGACAGAUUGGCACUGAUCACUGGCCGAUUGCAACAUCUGGAAACACAAUCACCUCCCUCCACCCCAAUCUCUUCAGAUCAUCAUCUUACAAAGCCACAUUCAGUCCCACCUGGAUGGGGUAAUAUUAAUAAUGCCCACAUCAAUGAUAAUGAUCGUCAACAUCAUGAUUAUCAUCAUCCAUCCCAUUUGGUUUUGGAAGAAACAAUGAAAAAUGUCUCAGCUGCGACACAGAAAAAUGGAACAGAACCAUCAUCUCUUGCUGAUACAAGAAUCCUGAGUACUACUAAAGAACCAUCAAACAAGAAUGCAAAUGUGUACUCAAAACCAGCAGGUGGCAUAAAUGAUCUCCUGAGGUGUUUCACUGCUAAAGACCUAAAUUCUUGCAUCAUAUCCUCAGAGAAUACCCGAGUAUUCUGUUCAAUCAUGAUAGCUCUUCUCGUGGUUAUUGCCUACGCCAAUCUUCCGCGCCACAUUGUGAAAUCGAAGAGCCUAAUCGCCUCAAGGCCGCUUUAUGUGCUCUUACUGACUGAUGUCAUAAUCGUUAUCCUUCGAGUGAUUUAUUCGAAGCAUAGAGAUUUGGGUUCUGGAGGAGAUAUGGAUAUGAAAGUGAAACAAGAUAUGAACUCGAAGGAAAGUGAUCAGAGUGAUGAUAAUUGGGAUGUAGCAAUGAAGCUGCUGGAAUGGGGGUUGGUCCUUUAUCAAACAGUUCGUGCUCUUUUCAUUGAUUGCAGCUUUUACAUUGUGAUUGUCAUUUGCGGCUUUGCUUUCAUGUAAAAAACUAGCUAGCUUUGAGAAGAUAAUGAUAAUGUUCUUGCAUUGGUUGUUCUUGAUGAUCAUGCAAGAAUCAAAGACUUCUUGUUAGGUACAAAAAAAUGCCUUCCUAUGUAUGGCAUGCAUAGUUGCAUGAUGAUUGAUUAGGAGGCUUUAACUCCAUGUAUUCUAUCUAUCAGUCUUAAAAAAAUAAUCUACAU